AAAAAAAAAAAUUCAAUACAAAAAAAAAAAGGAAACGCCAAGCGAAUUUUGGCCAUUUUUAAAGUGCUGCGGGUGCAACUGAAAUACACACACACAUACACACGCCUGCAGUCAUUUACAUGCAGCACAAGGUCACGCGUUGUAAUAUCAAUUAAUUAAGUGUUGCCGCUGUGGUGAAGUGGUGUAUGUAGAACAACAACAACAACAACAACAACAACAACAACAACAACAACAACAACAACACUAAUAUAAAUAAUAAAAAUAUGGUCGAUUUAAAUACUUGUCCGCCCACACCUCCCGGUGGUGAGCGUUCGAAAAUUAAAAAUUUUAUGGGCCGUACGCCGGGUAUUGGUAUACUGAAGUCGAAAUUUUUAACGGUACUUGGGAAUAGUAACGAAUUGCUGAAUGGACUGUCGAAUAAGCUCACGCUCAGCAUUAGCUCCAGCGAAUCGGAGUAUUGUGAUGACGACGAGGAGGUUCCUAAUUUUGACGAAACAAUCGACUACACGAAAAUCGAUUAUGAGUUUCGUCGCAUUAAGGCGCGACGAGCGCACGAAGAAAUCAUAUCAGGACGGUUUCGAUAUCCAAACUUGGCUCCACGACCACGCUUGGAGGCCUCCCGUACACGCGCACACGAUAAAACCAAACGUUCCGAUUCGAGUUCCUCUUCCUCCAGCUCAACAUCGUCUUCGUAUUCGCCACCCCUUAAUCGUUCACAUGUGAGUAGUACCACGCGUUCAAAUUCCAUAGAGUCACGCCAUUCCGGCGGCUAUGGUCGCCCCGGGCGUGCCAUACCCGGCGCACGUCGCAGCGAGCUCGAUAUACAAAGAGAUUUAUCGCGCAUUACCGAUUUGCUUAGCGUGAAUGCCAUAGCUGCGAAUGCCAGUGCACCGCACAUAGACGUGCAGCCGCCUUCGGAUCGUGAUUGUAACAAUAUCGCUGAACAACAACGCAAUCACCCCACGCACCUGCAUAUGGAUAUACCGGUUAUGACGCAAUCCGGUACGAGUAUGGUGGUGCCACCACGUAGUAGGAAUUCAAACAGCAGUACAGUGACGAGUUUGCGUGACGAUCCCGAUGUGCAAGCUAGCCCCAGUAUUGAGUCUACAGAUUGGCGUAAUUUUAUACGUUCAGAGUCGCAAAACUCCGUGCCCUCAUGGGCAUCGUCCAUAAGUUUAGAUUGUCGUGCCGGCGAGGAGCCGGUAAAGGAAUUCAUGAAACGUUUCGUUGAGGUGCUCUUCUCAAAUGCCACAGCGAUUGGUUUGGAGUUGAAAGCGGAGUUCGGCGCUUUGGCGCGCAUCGAUGCGGGACGUCAGUGGUUUACACGGUUUCUACUCGAACAAAAGACUAAAUCCAAGCGUGUCGAUGAGGUGACAUUCCAUUCAUUGGUGCAGUAUUUCGCCAUCGUCUUAUUCGAGUGCGGCGAGAGUGAGGAUUAUGCGCCGGCGGCGAUAAUUAUGAAUAUUUGCUUUGUUUUCUACAAUGAAAUUGAAGUUCCUGGCUGUGAUCCGUAUCGUGAGUAUCUCUACAUUUUCAUGCGUCAGCAGCCAAUUUGGUAUAGUCAACGCUUUUGGGCCGCUGCCUUUUUCGACGCGGUGCAAAGUGAACGUGAGCAUCGUUUGGCAUUGCGUAAGCGACGUGCAGAGCGAAAACAGCGAAAUAAAGCACAAUUCGCUGCAAAGAAAGCGAACGACGAAUCUAUUCCGAAAGACAAUGCACCAGCAGCAGAUGUUGGGUCUGAAGUUGAAGCAUCUCCCAAAAAGGUGAACCUUGUUAGUGCUGUUGUUGAUGGGGAAAUCGCUUCCACGUCCAGUUCCUCACAACAUGGCGAUAUUGUGGCCUUAAAGGUGCAGUCCGCUAAGAAAUCUGCUUCACAAACAAGUGCCGAAGAGCAAGUCUCAGUGAAUGGUGGUGGUGCUGGCGCUUCGGCGGAGACAACGGCUGUGAUGGGCGCAUCGGUGGCAGGGAAGCAGAAUUCGCAGCUGGAUCUGCAUUCGAUAGAGAAUAUUGUUUUUCGACAACUGGGGGGCUUCACUUGCAACAUGCACUCAUUGGGCCUACCUCAAGAUAUGUGCCUAGAAUUUUUGAAGAAACAAUCGGCAACGGCAAGCCAUACUUUAUCAAAAGGUAAGUUUUGCGUAAUUUCAGUUAUUCCUGGCACUAAUUUAACGAUCUCUCCUUCGUAUAACGGACAUUUGCAGAGAAAACCAAACUCAUCAAGGAUAACAUAUUGCGCAUGUAUCACGAAACCGAUUCGUGGGGUGCCAAAGUGUCUUGAGUUGUUUGUUACGCUCAUUUAAAUACAACUCAAACUAUUCCAGUAGUUAGUUAAAUUAUUUUCAAUAAAUUAUUAAAAAUAAUAUAUAUUAAUAUAGAAGACUAUAUUUGACGAAAUGUUAUAAGUAAAACGUAGUUAUGUUACAUACAUAUAUAGGUUAUGUAAAAUUGUGCAUUAGAAGAGGUUGUUACUUGCAUAAAUGCAUUCCAAAAAAAAAAGUGUUUUUUCGA